AUGCGGGGACCGGCGGGGAGGAUGCGGGGAGGAUGCGGGGACCCGUUUGGAGCGGGGACCGACGGGGAGCGGGAAGGAUGCGGGGACCGGGGGGAAGCGGGGAGGAUGCGGGGUCCGGCGGGGAACGGGAAGGAUGCGGGGACCGGAGGGGAGCGAGGAGGAUGCGGGGAGGAUGCGGGGACCCGUUUGGAGCGGGGACCGACGGGGAGCGGGAAGGAUGCGGGGACCGGGGGGAAGCGGGGAGGAUGCGGGGACUGGCGGGGAGCGAGGGCGAUCCGGGAAGGACGCGGGGACCGGUUUGGAGCGGGAACCGGCGGGGAGCGGGGAGGAUGUGGGGACCGGUGGGAAGCGGGGAGGAUGCGGGGACCGGGAAGGAUGCGGGGACCGGUGGGAAGCGGAGAGGAUGCGGGGACCGGCGGGGAACGGGAAGGAUGCGGAGACCGGAGGGGAGCAAGGAGGAUGCGGGGACCCGUUUGGAGCGGGGAGGAUGCGGGGAGCGGGAAGGAUGCGGGGAGAAUGCGGGGACCGCCGGGAACGGGAAGGAUGCGGGGACCGGUGGGAAGCGGCACGGAUGCGGGGACCGGAGGGGAGAGAGGAGGAUGCGGGGAGGAUGAGGGGACCGGCGACGAUGCGGGGACCGGAGGGGAACGGGAAGGAUGCGGGAAGGAUGCGGGGACAGGCGGGGAGCAGGGGCCGGCGGGGAGCGAGGAGGAUGCGGGGAGGAUGCGGGGACAGGUGGGAAGCGGAAAGGAUGCGGGGACCGGCGGGGACCGGAGACGAUGCGGGGACCGGCGGGGAGUUGAGAGAAUGGGGGAACCGAUGGGGAGCGAGGACCGGCUGGGAGCGGGGUGGAUGCGGGGACCGGUCGGGAUUGGGAAAGUUGCGGGGAGGAUACGGGGACCGGUGGGGAGCGGGAAGGAUGCGGGGACCGGCGAGGAGGAUGAGGGGACCGGUGGGGAGCUGGGAGGAUGCGGGGACCGGCGGGGAGCGGGAAGGAUGCGGGGACCGGUAGAAAGCGGGGAGGAUGCGGGGAGGACGCGGGGACCGGAGGGAAGCGGAGACUGGCAGAGGACGGAGACGCUGCGGGGACCGGCGGGAAGCAGGGACGAUGCGGGGACCGGCAGGGAGCAGUGA